UACCCGGAAGUUCAUUUCACAACAUCAACUGGUGGGGGAGAGGAGAGGACAUGGAGAAAAUAAGUAGCUUAAAACACCAAAGUCACUUUUCCAAACAACCUUUGGAGUAAUUUCAGGCGUCAUUUUUAACAUUUUCAAACUCACUAGCAAAUGUUCUGAGAGCAGAUCGCAGCGUCACAUGGAGGCUGUUGUAAAGAACUUGGAGCGGACCACGGAGCUACUCGCCGUGUCGCAGACAGAGAUAGUGCGGCGGUGGGACAAACAAACCCUGGACAGAGCCUUCCAGUGGGCUCAGUACUGCGAACACGUCUACACACGGUUCCAUGCAAAUCCAACCGUCAGGGACAUAUUGGAAAAACAACUACAGGUGACAAACGAAAGUUUACGAACAACUUUUCAGGGGUAUACGGACAUCACGUUUUCUGACCUGUCGCAGUGUCAACACUUGCUGCUCAUGGGGUUACUAAGCAACGCCGCUGUUCCGAGCUCAGUCAUCAAACUACUUUUCGACACUUCCUGUUCCAGAACGACUGGAGGUAAAUAUAAGGACGCCACCGGUCAUUGCACUGAACUCAUAGAAGUGAAAUCAGCACGUAAAGUCUUAAGCGCCAUUUAUUUGAAACGCAGUACGUCCUUUCCUGGUCCUGAUGCUGACGUGAUAGGCAUGACACUGAUGGAGAUAUUGGAUAUCCUGCUCUCUCCAGCUACUGGCGGGUCCAAGGUGGGCCUAGCAGAGAAGUUAUUGGACAACAUCUUACAAACCUGUGGUGAAAAUGAAAACUUCUCAGGAGUCGUUGCUGCUGCUCUCCUGUCAAGGAAAAACAACAAAACGGCAGCAACAACAAAAAUGGCUUCAGAAGGAGUUUCAUUCGACUUUAUCCUGGAUUGGCUGCAGCAACACCACAGUUUACUCCAGCAUAUGUGUUCCACGUUGCCUAUUGGACUUUUGAUGGACCUCUACCAGCAGUCUGUGAGGUUUAGAGUGACCUACCGUGACAUAUUGAAGCAAUGGGGGUCACAGUUGGAGUAUGACAUAGGAGAAGGAGAGUGGGUUCAAAUGUAUACUACCGACGGGGUGUCGUUCAAGACCCUGUCUGACCAUUAUAGGUCGCUACUAGGGGCUUGUCCGUCAACAAAGGAGGACGUUGAGAGAGAGCUGACAGAGCUGAAGGUUGCCGAUGGGGACUUUGAUGUUGGAGGUCUGAGUGUUUGGGGUGACCUCCUCUCUGAGCUGAACAAGGUCUGAGUGUUUGGGGUGACCUCCUCUCUGAGCUGAACAAGGUCUGAGUGUUUGGGGUGACCUCCUCUCUGAGCUGAACAAGGUCUGAGUGUUUGGGGUGACCUCCUCUCUGAGCUGAACAAGGUCUGAGUGUUUGGGGUGAUCUCCUCUCUGAGCUGAACAAGGUCUGAGUGUUUGGGGUGACCUCCUCUCUGAGCUGAACAAGGUCUGAGUGUUUGGGGUGACCUCCUCUCUGAGCUGAACAAGGUCUGAGUGUUUGGGGUGGUCUUUUUUUUUUACCUGAAACAUUAAUGAUCUAAUAAUAUGUAAAACAUAAUCCGUUGCCAUCAGUUGAGACACAACGUGCUCUUGAAUACAGUGACACAACAUGCUCUUGAAUACAGAGUGACACAACAUGCUCUUGAAUACAGAGUGACACAACAUGCUCUUGAAUACAGAGUGACACAACAUGCUCUUGAAUACAGAGUGACACAACAUGCUCUUGAAUACAGAGUGACACAACAUGCUCUUGAAUACAGAGUGACACAACAAAUGGAAAAAAAAAAAAAAAUCGGAGUUCACUUGUUUUUAGAUAAUUGACGUUAAAGGUAAAAAAAAAAUAUAUAUAUAUAUAAAUAAAAAUAAACUGUAAAACAGUUUGACAACCCUGUUUGUAAGCUUUUAAAUGAACCGUUUAUCUUUUCCAGUAAUGAAGACAUGGAUGUCUCAUGGUACGGUGGGGUUUGCAGAAUAGGUCAACUGUGAUCACCUUUUGUCUACUGACUGUUUUGGCAUUCAGGUCCAAAAAGUCACUUUCUGACCACUUCCUCCAUAGGCAAACAUGUAUGGAAAGUUUAAAUAAAAAUGAAAGCUGUCAACAAGCGAAUUGAAAUGGAUUUACCACUCUCUUGAGCAGAACAAAGCCAUGUGUAGCCUCAUCAGUAUCCUGUCAUUGGCAGUCAGUGUUCGUUGGACAAAUGCGGAAGUUUGGCCUCGUUAGAUACAAUUGAUUUAAAUAUAUUUGUUAAAGGAUAUAUGUUUUUGUGCCAAUACAUUCAUAUACGUUUGUAUUAAUAGCAGAAUAAAGAGGACUUUCAUUAAACAAAUGUGUUUUUAUUUCAAGUGUGCAAUAAUACUGUCACCUCCCUUUUG